CUCAUGUCUUCUUCGAACCGCAUGUGCAGAGGCACUCUCACUGUUGAGUCAUCGCCACGCUUGUUCUGCUGAAGGACUCAAUAGUGUAGGCAGAGAGUCUGCCUCCCUUGGCGCCAAACUUCAGCCGGACGGCGAAUAGGAGUCACGUUUCACUCGUCCCUCGCCUCGCAUAGUCGCUAAGGACUCCCGAAAGAGCCGAGCCCCGAGGCGCUGAGACGUAGCUGCAGACCGCCUCGUCGAGCAAGAUGCCUCGCGGCUACCAGAAAAAGCCGCAGCGCCGACCGGGGACGGCUCUGCCGUCGGGUCAGGUGCAACCCGCCGACUGGGCCGCCGAUGCAGGCCGCGCGAACACGGGUAAGGCAGGCGCCGCCAACAAGGUAAAGCUAUACAGGCACCCUCUUCCGCUACAUUUUGUUCCGCGAGACGAUGAGAGGGAGUGGAAUGAGAAGGAGCAGAGGGAGCUGGAGAGGAGGCGCGCGAAGGCACGAGCGAUCGCGAUGCGGAACGCUGCCCACGCGACGGGUGCAAACGUGGAUGAGAAAGGCAAAGCGAAGCAGGUCGAGAGGCAAGGCGAGAGCUGGGCCCAGUGGCUCUCUUUGUUCAUCCCCUCCUUCUUGAGCACUCGUGGCCAGCAUACGGCAAGCAAUGCUACCUCGGAGAAUGUUUCGAACGCAGAGCCCACUGGCAGCUCCUCGCCGCUCAUCGUGACUGGACACUUCGAUCCACUCACAUGCAGCGUAUGGGUCACUUGCCCCGAAUCAGCCACCCUCCUCUGGCGGCGUGGCUUCUUUGGCAAGGGCAGCCUCUCGCGCUCCGAGCCGACGUGGCGCGAGCGGCAGGUGCACACGCGCACGAUUCUGGCGCAGCGUGCACGCGCAGAAGCAGUGGCCAGCGCCGGGGCUGUAGCUGCAGGGGCUCGAGCGACGCCGUUGACCGCCGAGGAGCUGACAGCGAUCCGGCGACGAGAGCGGCAGGUGGCUAAGAUCGAGCGCGCCAAGGCGGCCGUACGCGCGGGCACACAGCUGCCGGACGGCAUCAUAGCACUCGGCGGGUCGCUGGAUGCGGACGAGCUCGAGGAGAUCAUGCGCAAAGUCCAAGUGCAUGAUGCAGCCCCUGCAGGCGUAGUGGACGGCGGCGGUGGCAGUGAUGUUGCUGCUGGAGCAGGAGAGACAGAGGACGAUGGGUACAGAGGGCAGCACGUGCCUGGUCUGAUCUACUUUCGACAGCCGGCGAGCAAAGGGCCCGCGCAGGCGCAGGUUCAGCAGGAGCCAUGCGCGCGAGAAGGGGAUAAGCCAACGACGGCAAAGGCGAAUGACCCGGUCUCUGCCUCCUCUCCUGGCGCAUCGUCUGCAACCGCAGACGACGCGGCAAUGUCAUCAUCGCAAACGAGCAAGCAACAUGAUCUCGCCAAGCAAGACCGCACAAAGCAGGGUGCGGUUGUUCAAGAGGAAGAAGUGGGAGCGGAAGAGUCGAUCAACGUGGACGUGGACGAAGUGGAGUUUGUGCAGCUCAGCAUGGUUGAAGCGUUCUUCCUCGCUGCCAUGCUGGGCGUGUUGCAGGUCAAAGAUCAAGAGGAAUGCGUCCUCGAUCUGGACACGCUGUACAUGCUCUGCCUGGCGGCGCAUCCGCAAUUUGCACACUGUGCGCAUCCGUCUCUGCGCGACCUCCCGCUGUCGGAGCCGAGCGCACUGCUGCGCUCGUCCUCGCCGGCGCAGCUGGCACUGCUGCGGCGCCCGGACAACCCGUUCUUGCUGGCGUACGUUGCCUACCACUACUUCCGCAGCCUCGGCUGGGUCGUCAAAAGCGGGACCAAGUUCUGUGUCGACUACCUGCUGUACAAGCGCGGGCCCGUCUUUGGGCACGCUGAAUUUGCCGUGCUGGUGAUACCGAGCUACGACGAGGACGAGGGCGAAGCGCAGCAAGAGACCGAGCGGCCAGCAGAUGACGGGGAGGCUGCGCGCGGGCGGGACGUGUUCGGCAUCAAAGAGAGCGGCGGGGGCGGAGGGGCGACGACGGGGGUGAUGGACUGGGUGCGCUUCAGCUCUGUGAACCGCGUGAAUACGCAGGUGCUCAAGACGCUCCUACUCUGCUACGUCUCGGUGCCGUCUGUGCAGCGCAGCAGCGCAGAGGGCGUUGUGGACACCCCCGCGGCGCUCGUGCGCGGCCUGCGCCAGGGACGCAGCUUCCGAGUGCAGGUCGUCGCAGUGCGCCGCUGGGUGCCGGCGCGGAUGAAGGCGUGAUAAUGGAUGCAGCGGUGGCGCGGGCUGGGGCUGCAUGUGUAGAUAGAUAUGCCUGUAUUGGUGCAGCAAAGCAUACAUUCCAUCGUGCGAGGCGCGAUGGGGACAG